GCUGCGCCCCCACAGAGUGCGGUUCCCCGCACACGCCGGUCCGCGCCGCUGGCAGGACCGCUGAUGCCCUUCGACUUUGGGGUGGGUAGGGACCCUCCAAAUUUUUUCGGCGGAGGCCGCACCCUGGGGUGGGCUGAGGUCUGGAAAAGCUGGGCUCCUAGCAGCGGCCAGCAGGCGGAGGGGAGAAUUUAUGGGACCGCGGGCCGCCACCGGGCACCCAGCCUCCGGGAGGCCCCGGGAGCUGCGGGGACCAGGCGCGGCCCGCAGCGGCGCUCCGGGGCGCCGGGGGAGGCCGCCAGCACCUAGCCUGGGAGGGGCGGGUAGGACGCGCUCCAGUGGCCUUGCAGAUCCUGCCCCGGCCCCGCCCUCCAGGACGUCCCGUCAGAAAACCCACGAGCUGCUCGGCGGCGCGGCAGCGACUCAGCCUCAGCCUCAGCCUCGGCGCAACAGACUCGUUCCAGCGUCCGCAGCCCUGGAAGUGACGCCGAGGACCGGAGCAGGUGCCUGUGCGCCGGGGGACCCAGUGAGUCGCUGUGCCAAGGACUUGGGGGAAAUAAAAGGAAUAAAGGCCAACCCCACUUCGAGGGAUCAUGACAUAAUGCCAGGAAGUGGGAGUUGAAGUGACCUGGGUGAUUCUGAGUGAGUUGGUCAGGGAGGCCUUCCUGGAGGAGGUCGGUGGCAGGCUUCUUGGCAUGAUGACUUGGUGGCAGCUGCCUCCCCAGGCCCAUCCUCUGCCACUUCCAUCAGACUUCAUUCUCCCACAACCCCAGCUGCCUGCUGUUCUCUGACUGGCUGUGCCGCAUCCUGCCUCUAGGCCUCCGUGUGUGCUCACUUCGCCUGGCUAGCUCCUGUUUGUGGGCUCGGGCCCCAAGGUGUGGCUGCCACAACACAUCAAGCUAUUUCCAGGGCUGGGCCCAGCACUAGAGCUGACUCAGCUGGGGUCACCACCGGUUCCAGAGGAUGAGACUCUUCCGCAGACGCCACAUGCCCCUGCGCCUGGCCAUGGUGGGCAGUGCCUUUGUGCUCUUCCUCUUCAUCCUGCAGAGGGAUGUAAGCAACAGGGAACAGGCCACAGAGAAACCGUGGCUGAAGUCCUUGGUGAGCCAGAAGGACCACGUCCUGGACCUCAUGCUGGGAGCCGUGAACAACCUCAAGGAUUCGAUGCCCAAGCUCCAGAUCAGGGCUCCAGAGCCCCAGCAGGCACUGGUCUCCACAAACAAGUCCUGCCUCCCUGGGUUCUAUACCCAGGCGGAACUGAAGCCCUUCUGGGAACGGCCGCCACAGGACCCCAACAGCCCUGGGGCGGACGGGAAAGCAUUUCAGAAGGACAAGUGGACCCCGCUGGAGACCCAGGAAAAGGAAGAAGGCUACAAGAAGCACUGCUUCAAUGCCUUCGCCAGUGACCGGAUCUCCCUGCAGAGGGCUCUGGGGCCCGACACUCGACCCCCUGAAUGUGUCGACCAGAAGUUUAGGCGCUGCCCGCCACUGCCCACCACCAGUGUCAUCAUUGUGUUUCACAACGAGGCCUGGUCCACGCUGCUGCGGACGGUGUACAGCGUCCUGCACACCAGCCCUGCCAUCCUGCUGAAGGAGAUCAUCCUGGUGGACGAUGCCAGCACUGAGGAGUAUUUAAAGGAGCAACUGGAGCAGUACGUCAAGCAGCUGCAGAUCGUGAGGGUGGUGCGGCAGGAGAAGCGGAAGGGGUUGAUCACGGCCCGACUGCUGGGAGCCAGCGUGGCACAGGCAGAGGUGCUCACCUUCCUGGACGCCCACUGUGAGUGCUUCCAUGGCUGGCUGGAGCCCCUCCUAGCUCGCAUCACCGAGGAUGAGACGGCGGUGGUGAGCCCAGACAUCGUCACCAUUGACCUUAACACUUUUGAGUUCUCCAAGCCCAUCCAGAAGGGCAGAGUCCACAGCCGGGGCAACUUUGACUGGAGCCUGACCUUCGGCUGGGAGACUCUACCUGCACAUGAAAGGCAGAGGCGCAAGGAUGAGACCGACCCAAUCAAGUCCCCGACGUUUGCUGGUGGCCUCUUCUCCAUCUCCAAGUCCUACUUUGAGCACAUCGGUACCUAUGAUAAUCAGAUGGAGAUCUGGGGAGGGGAGAACGUGGAAAUGUCCUUCCGGGUGUGGCAGUGUGGGGGCCAGCUGGAGAUCAUCCCCUGCUCUGUGGUCGGCCAUGUGUUCCGCACCAAAAGCCCCCACACCUUUCCCAAGGGCACCAAUGUCAUUGCUCGCAACCAAGUGCGCCUGGCUGAGGUCUGGAUGGAUAACUACAAGGAGAUUUUCUACCGGAGAAAUAUACAGGCAGCAAAGAUGGCCCAAGAGAAAUCCUUCGGUGACAUUUCUGAACGACUGCAGCUGAGGGAACAACUACACUGUCGCAACUUUUCCUGGUACCUGCACAAUAUCUACCCAGAGAUGUUUGUUCCUGACCUGAAGCCCACCUUCUACGGAGCUAUAAAGAACCUUGGCAUUGAUCAGUGCCUGGACGUGGGCGAGAACAACCGUGGGGGGAAGCCCCUCAUCAUGUACCCCUGCCACGGCCUCGGCGGCAACCAGUACUUUGAGUACACAACCCAGAGGGACCUUCGCCACAACAUUGCAAAGCAGCUGUGUCUACACGCCAGUGCUGGCACUCUGGGCCUUCGGAGCUGUCAGUUCACUGGCAAAAACAGCCAAGUCCCUAAGGAUGAGGAAUGGGAAUUGACCCAGGACCAGCUCAUCAGGAAUUCAGGAUCUGGUACCUGCCUGUCGGCCAAGGACAAGAAGCCUGUCGUGGCCUCCUGCGAUCCCAGCGACCCCCGCCAGCACUGGCUCUUCAUCUAGGCCGCAGAUCACCCUGAUGGGAGUUCCCACGAGCCUCUCAGGACACAGGGUUUUGGGGACCCUGAUACUUGGGAACCCAUUCAUCAGCUUCUCUGUAGGCCUUAAAGAUGGAGUUCUAAACCUAAUUUUGGAUGUCAAGGCAGGACCUCCUACUCCUUGCAGUGACGUGGGGCCCAUUUUCUUUAUGCUGAUGAAGAGACCGUGAGAACACGUCAUCAUGGCCCAGAGCUUUCCCUCUGUCCUAGAUACAGACUCCCAAGCAGAGAGAGCUCCUGGGACAGGGCCCGAGGCAGCAGUGCCGAAUCCAAGAGAAGGACUCCUGCAGCCACGUCCUGCACCGCUGGUCACGUAGCGCACCCACAGAACCCAGUAACACCGUAUACUCCUCUGUUAGGGGUCUAUGAGCGUCUCCUUUGCUUAUCAUACCCCAAGUCUGUAGAGCCGUUUACGGAAAGCGCCCUGACAGGAAUCCUUUAUCUUACUUCCUCUGACAAUAACUCUGUGAGAAGGGCAGAACAGGAGCCUGCAUGCUCACUUUACAGAGAAGGAAGCUGAGGCAGAGAGGGGUAAAGGAGGUAGCCUCGCAGCUAGUGGAUGGCUGGAGCCAAGACUGGGAUUGAACACAGAACCAGGGCGCCUUCCACCACACCACAAGAACACUAAACAACUAGCCAUCAGCCUGCCCAUUCUCUCUUCUCUCCUUUCUGGUCCUGUCUGGCUAGCUGGUCUCCAUAAAGCUUAGAACAGUGGAGCCGGGUAGCCGGGAGGGAGCCAUAACGCUCAUGGAGCCAGUGAUUCUCAGGUUUAAGUUCCCGAACCCUUUUUGUACUGCCCCAUGUGUAAUGUGACGAAGGGCAAAGCAGCCCUGGGUGAAACUGAGGGUAGACGAGGGCAGUGCCCAUCAGCCCCUGAACUUCUAAAAUACUCUAAGACAGUUUGAAAACUGUCAUUUUAGCUCAGGCUUAUCACUUUCCUUUUAUAAAACCGAGGGCAAAUAAGUGAAGUAAUUUGCCCAAGGCCACACAGCAAGGCAUUGGCAGCCCUGAGGGAGGGCCCAGAUAAGACCCAUGAGAGCCUUGGGAGCCUGAGGAAUCAGGGACAGUGUAUACUCCACACGUGAUUGCGUUACUGGCCUUGUCUGCUGUGCUCACAUGAAGUCCCCACGUGGACCACUCCUGACAAUGCCUGUCAGCUCUUUUCCCAGCAACUCGGACUCCACACACACAGACGCAAGUUCUUCCAGGUCUGACUUUCAGUAGCAGGCUGUCACCUCAGGCAUCGCCACGUGAGGGCGCCAUGGGACCACAGCUGCCUCUCCUUCCCAGCAACUCAUUACUGCAAGUCUCCUAAGCUCCCUGAAGAGCCCUGCAGAGGAAACACUUUGGAGUAGCCCACCCAAAGGAGAAAGGCAUAGCCUCUCCCAGGAUGUGGCCUGGAGUGGAAAAGGGGAAAGGUCUUCUGAAAGAGAAGAGAGUUGGACGUGAGAUCCCCAGGGAAAUAAAGGUUUUAUGACAUUGGCAUUGGAUUCUUCUUCACCCUUUAUUGUUCUUUCGCUGAUCCUUUUGGAGAACUAAUUGAUUCAGGCUGCGAAGAACUACACACAUCUGAAAAGUUCUGUCACAGCCACUGGCUCUUGUUCCCAAACAACCCCUGGCCCCCAGCUGAGCCUCCAUACUGGGUGUCAAGGCCAUGUAGACCUGAGGAGUUGUAGAAUGGGGCUCUUCCCCUGUGGAACUCACACUUGAGCUGGGGAAGCAGAGAUGUAAGCAAGUGGUGGAGUGUUUAGAGAUAUGCUAGCUGACUUAGAACAAUUCCUCCCACUUCGGGGAAUCAGGGAAGGCCUUACAAAGAUGGUGACAUUUGACUCGAGACCUCAAAGGAUGAGUCCUCAGGUGGGAAGGAUUCAAUGAGCAAAGACCUCAUACGAGAAACCAUCUGGCACAAGAAGAGUCACAGAAGGACGGAGGCACAAGUGGGUCUGGGAAGCCAAGAGGACAUCAGGGUGAGGGAGCAGUGGGUGUAGCAGCUGGAAGACGAAGACCACAGUAUGACCUUCAGGGGCACUUGUGCCUUCAUAAAAUAUUUUUUAAAUUAUGUUGUAUAGUUGCAUUGGUAUAAAGAUGACUAUAAUCCAAGCUGAUGGAAUUCAUCUUAUUUCUUCUUACUUUAAAUAAACUAAAACAUUUUUGUGGGCCCUGGGCACUGUACCCACUGUACCUGCUGGGUACGUCAGCCCCAUACAACAGGGGUGCGGGGCCCCAUUGAAAAGGCCUUGAAUGUCAUGCCAAUAAGUCAGCUAAGCCAUUGGGAGCCACCGUUCCUAACUCUAACCCUAGCCCUACUCUUGGUUGCAUUAAACAUCCAAUCGUUUAUCAGGCAGGCCAUUUAUCCCAGUAUCACUCACACAGUCUAUUACAUCACCCAACAGCUCUCCAGCCCAAUCUUAUGAUAUAUGCCCAACCAAGGUGCCCUGGUGUGAUUCCUCACCCACCCCAAAGCAGCACGGCCUCUCUCAGGGGCAGUCAGUUCAGAGUAACUCACAGGAAGUGAGAGAUGCAGCGGAAGAGAGACAAGAUCACAUGACAUGCCUACAGAGUAGGCCCAGGUUUGGGGGUGAGGAGAGGGCUACGAAAGCGGGGUAGUUAAGAGGAGGGAGAGAGCACUGACAGGUGGUGGAAAGGCUCAAGAAACCAGCUUCACGGCCUCUUUUCAGCCAAUGCGGGCCUUGCCCUAGCCUGACAUCUGCACUCUUCCUUAAUACCCACCCUUCUGACCACUCUCAGAGCUAACCUGAAACCUUAAAACUUUGAUGCUGGCCCUGCGCUGCUAUCUCCUGGCUCUAAGGGCCUCUUACCUUUCUAAGCUGCUCCCCUUUGGGGGUCUAUU